CUUUGGGGACCUCACACUGGACCCAAAAAAGUUAAAAUCGUGGAAGUUGGUCCUCGGGAUGGAUUACAGAAUGAGAAAAUUUUUGUGCCAACCGACGUCAAAAUCAACUUUAUCAACAAAUUGUCGAAGACAGGUCUAAAGGUCAUCGAGUCGACCUCCUUUGUCAAUCCAAAGCUUGUACCACAGAUGGCAGAUGGGAUUGAUGUGAUGAAAAAGAUCAAUCGGGAACCGGGGGUAGAUUAUCCGGUUUUAGUACCCAAUUCCAAGGGUUUAGAAAUCGCAGUAUCCGUUGACGUUAAAGACAUUGCAAUAUUUGCGGCAGCAUCUGAAACGUUCAGCAAAAAAAACAUCAAUUGUACUAUAGAAGAGAGUUUACAACGUUUCCGGGAUGUUACAGACAUUGCGAAUGCUCAGGGAAUUGCCGUUAGAGGGUAUAUAUCUUGCGUGGUUGGGUGUCCCUAUGAAGGGGAUGUUUCGCCAGAAAAAGUUGCCACGGUUGCUGAGAGAUUAUAUAAAAUGGGUUGCUAUGAAAUCUCAUUAGGUGAUACAAUCGGUGUUGGCACUCCUGGUUCAUUUUCGAAAAUGCUUGAAGCCGUAAAACAGUUGGUUCCCCUUGAACGGAUAGCAUUACAUUGUCAUGAUACAUACGGCCAAGCUCUCGCCAAUAUAUAUAGUGCAUUAGAGGAUGGCGUAAGGAUUUUCGAUGGAUCUGUCGCGGGAUUAGGAGGUUGCCCGUUCGCCAAAGGUGCAACAGGAAAUGUGGCAACAGAAGACAUGGUGUAUAUGUUUCACGGAAUGGGAUAUGAAACGGGAAUUCAACUCCCGGAAUUAGUUAAAGUUG